AUGGAACCGCUGUCGCUGACUGUGUAUGACAGGAAUAUAUGGCACCUGUUUAAGAAGGAGGAAGGCGCGCCGCAGGCCAUGUUCCCGACUAACAUCAAGUACAUAUUCGAGGAUGACGACGACGUCGCUGAUGUGGACGACCUGGUGUUCCAACAGCAGCAGCCGGACAGUGAGCUGGAGAACGUUAUUAUUGUGGAGAUCGACGGCGCCGGGCAGCUGGAGAACGUCGAGCUGAUCAGCGAUCAGUAUGAGAUGCUGUCGUACAGGCGGGAGCGGCCCGUGAGCUUGGCAUCGCAGAGGUCGUUAUCGUGGCUGACCAGCGGCAACGACACCGGUGGUGACGCUGGCAAGAAGUCAGGGGACAUCUCAGAUCCGGCUGCGGGCCCCGAUGUGCCGCGGGAGGCACCACUGAGCAUUGAACUGGAGCUGGUCUCAGAGUUCAAGGACUACAGGAAUCUGAACCUCGAGGACCUCAAACUAGAUGAAUUGACCAGGAUAUUCUGUAUACAGAACAAACAGCUACAGAUGAUAUCGGACGCAUUGAAUUAA